UCCAAAUUAUUACAACAGUAGAAAAGUAAAUAUCAAACCAUGGGAGAAUAUGGUAUGAGCAUUACCGCCGCCGCUGUCAGCUUCCUCAUCAUCCUCUAUCUGCCAACUUAUUGUAAUGCAAUUGUUAGAAGAGCAAACCAUUCCAUUCCCCAAGGAGAUGUUGAUCUUUUAGAAUUCCCACUGAAUUUAGAGUACCUAGAAGCAGAAUUCUUCUUAUAUGGCUCUCUGGGAUAUGGUUUGGAUAAAGUUGCACCAAAUCUAACCAUGGGAGGGCCACCCCCCAUUGGUGCUAAAAUGGCUAAGUUGGGUCCUUUCAUCAAGGACAUCAUAUUGCAAUUUGCCUAUCAGGAAGUUGGUCACUUGAGGGCAAUUAAAGAUACAGUCGAAGGAUUUCCAAGGCCAUUGCUAGACUUGAGUUCAGCGUCAUUUGCCAAAGUGAUGGAUAAAGCAUUUGGUCGUCCGUUGUAUCCACCUUUUGAUCCUUAUGCUAAUGGCUUGAAUUUCCUUCUCGCAUCCUACAUUAUUCCUUAUAUUGGACUCACUGGGUAUGUUGGAGCAAAUCCAAGUCUUGAGUCUGCUGUAGCCAAGAAGCUUGUUGCAGGACUGCUGGGUGUUGAAUCAGGUCAAGAUGCAGUAAUCAGAGCGCUACUUUAUCAACAUGCAACUAAAAAGGUUGAACCAUAUGGAGUGACAGUGGCAGUGUUCACGCAGCGCAUUUCAGAUCUGCGGAAUAAGUUAGGACGUGCAGGUAUAAAAGAUGAAGGCAUUGUGGUACCCAAAAACGAGGGUGCUGAGGGUAAGAUUACAGGGAACGUGCUUGCUGGAAAUCAAAACUCACUCUCAUUUCCAAGAACGCCCCAGGAAAUUCUAAGGAUUUUGUAUGGUGGGGGUAAUGAGCAUGUUCCUGGGGGUUUCUAUCCAGAGGGAGCCGAUGGCCGCAUCGCUAAAUCCAUGGCACGUAGCAAAUAAUGCUGUUCUAGUGGCACGUAGCAAAUAAUGCUGUUCUAGAUGUUUUCUACUUCUAGAUCAUCAAUAAAGAGGAUUUCACUUGCUUUAUCAUGGAGUCAUCCUUCUCCUCCCAGCUUAUCUACCGUUCUAUCACAACGAAGGUGUUUUUUGUAACUCUUCCACAGAUACGACUCUUUAUUGUAUUUCAUGAUUUCAUUAAUCAAUAAAUGGUCUCUCUUUCCUAUUAUAAAAAUAAAAAUAAAAAUAAAAAUAAAAUUCCAAUAGUAA